UUCAUUGCUUUUAUAGUAAAAAAUCGCUACAUUAGUUCACCGAAAAGAUAUUUGUGUUUCGAAAAAUGCGGUCAAAACAUCUACGUGAAUUUUCUGACCUUGAGCAUGUAAAUAUUUGUGUUUGACAACAUUAUUUCGUUUCAUUUCGAUGACAGUUGUGCAACGUGACGGGAUAUGACUAAAGAAAUAGAGCAAUCGACUUCAAUGUUUGGGUGGGAUUUGAUAAACGAUUUAGGGGCUUUACCAGAAAAUGAAGAAAUUAGUAUUUAUAGAUUUCCUUUUGGAAAGACUACAACGUGGUCAAAUCUAUACAUGGCUUGGUUCGCUACUUCUGACAAUAAAUCCUAAUGAUGAAGUAUCAACAUCACAUCUGUACAAUUUCUCAGAAUUUGAUAAGGAUCUUAAUUCAUCUGAAGCUACUUAUGGGGCAGAACCUCAUAUAUACACUGUCGCCGGUAGGGCACAUUACAGCCUUACUCGAGAACUGGGGCGAAAUUCUCAGGUAAUCAUUAUAAGCGGGGCAACUGGAACAGGAAAGACAUUCAAUGCCUGCAAGUGUUUAGAAUUUCUUAGUAAGAUUAACAAAAAUGAAGUACUGUCCUUUAAAGGAGAUUAUACGCAUAAUAUUGUGUUGAGAAUCAUGGAUGCUUGUCGUUUAGUAUCUGCCUUUACAACAGCGUGCACUGAAAGGAAUGAAGUAAGUUCAAGACAUGGACAGCUUGUAUGCCUUCAUUAUAAAGGUGACACCAUUUCUGGUGCAACAAUUAAUUCAUUUCUUUUGGAGAGAAGUAGGGUAACAAGAGGUUCAAAUAAUUUUCAAAUUUUUUAUCAGAUGAUAUUUGGAAUGUCAUGUGGUGAACUUGAAUCUUUUAAUUUAUCUAAGGAUGAAUGUUAUGAUAUACUGAAUGUUAUAAAUUACAAUAAAAGGAAUUAUUUUCAAGAAAGUUUCCAAGAUACUUUAAAGGCGUUGGAUAUAUUAGGUUUCAAACCUGAUCAAAAGAAAAAUAUUUUUCAAGUUCUUGCCUUGUUGCUUCAUAUGGGAAAUAUUAAAUUUGUUGAAAAUGGUGAUAGUUGUAUCAUUGAUACUAAUAACAAAAAAUCCAUGGAAGCUCUAAAAAGUACAUGUACUUUGAGCUCUUUAACCGAGGAAACGGUGACAGAGCUACUCACUACCAUUCUAAUAAAUCCACAAAGUACAUGGCGGAAACAUACCACAUAUCAUCGGCAUCUCGUUACCGUCGAUGCAUGUCGCAAUAGACUGCAUAGCAUAAUUAGACACAUGUACGAUCUUCUUUUUCACUGGGUCUUGAAUCAUACAAAUGACGCUUUAUGCGUAAAACAUGAAUUCUUUCAGUGGCUUGGUGUAUUAGAUAUAUUUGGUUUCGAAUCUUUCAAUAAAAAUGGUAUAGAACAAUUAUGUGUCAAUUACACUAACGAGAAGAUACAGCAAUAUUUCAUUGAAACCUAUUUGGAAAAAAGUCGUAAAGAUUUGGAAGAGGAAGGUUUUAUUAAAGAAACUAAUCCCUUGCAUACGAUUAAUUUAUAUAAAGAACGUCUAUAUGUUAUUGAAGAGGGAUUAUUCUUAACUUUAAAUGAUGCUUGUCAAUCUCCUGUACCAACUAGCAUAUCUAAAAUAAUACAACUAGCAUGCUCAAAUUUACAUAAUGAACAAAAUAAGUUUUUAGAUGGAAAAGAAGGGAAUUUUAUUAUAGAACAUUAUUCAGGUCCUGUGUCAUAUUCCAUUGAUGAUUUGUUAUCUAAAAACACUGAUAAGGUUCCAAACGAAAUAUCUAUGAUCUUUAACGUAAGUACAAAUAAGUUCCUUCGUUCAUUGAUCAAUAUCGAAGAGGAACAAUAUUCACAUACCGCAAAAACGUCUACUAGAAAGAGAACUAUGCUUGCUAAAUUAAAAUAUAAUAUAGACACGCUUAUUAAAAAACUAAGCAAAUGUGAUUUGCAUUAUGUGCGAUGCGUUAAGCCCAAUCGAUUAACAGCUAAUGCUAAUGAAUGGGACCGAAAAGAUUUUCGAAAGCAAUUGGCUUCUAUUGGUGUUUUUGAUACGUUGCCACUGGCUAAAUGUAAAUAUUCUGUUCGUCUGUGUUAUCAGAACUUCUGUCAACGAUAUUCUAAAAGACCAACAGAAACUAUGAAUCCUAAUAAAUGUGAAAUGAUUUUGGAGUCGAUUGUGCCUAAAAGAAAAUUACACACUCUAGUUCAUUUUGGAAAACAAUUGAUAUUUUUAACAGAGCCUAUGUUUCUUAAAUUGGAAUUCUACAGAAGAAAUUACCGUAUAAAGUGCGCCAAUAAAAUACAAAUGUUCUGGUUAAAGCAUAGACACAAAAACGUACCCGUUAUUUCAAAAUAUUUGACAAUCAGCGAUCAAAUACAAGAUGAAUAUGAAGUGAAUAAAGAAAUUACAUCUGUUAAAUUUAUGCUUGAUCAAGAAUUAAACAAAUCAAGUAAUUCUGAAGAUGAUGAUGUGUUUAUUUCUAGUUCAGUUUCACCUGACAGUGAUGACUUAAUAGAUCAUCUGAAUGGUGUAACAAUAAAUGAACCAGAAGACAAUAAUAAAAAUACAACAGAAAAUCUAGAUGAAACUCCCACAACAAAAGUAUCAAAGAACGAAUCAUGUACUUUGGAAAAAUUACACGAUAUUAUUACCAUAGAUCCCUUUUACAGGUGUAGUAGCAAUACCGAUAUUAAUUGUAACGACAACAAUAACAAUUCAUUAAAGGAACACAAUGAACAUACAGCAUUAGACUUUCCUGUAACAAAUAGAGAAUGUAUUGUAAAUACCUACAAACAAAAGUAUUUCAUGAAUUCUGAUACAGUUCGCACUGUAGAAAUAGGAUCCUUUGUAUUUUUUUAUAAAAAUAGGAUUUUGAGUCGACGACGACUAGCCAAAAUGCCGGUAAAGUUUCAUACACGUGCUACGUGUUUGAUUAAUUCGCAUGUAGUACCAUAUCACGAACUACCACAAGGAUUACAAGACUGUCUUUAAUAGAGUUUGAAUUAAUUGUUCUGCUGAAGUUAGUCGCUGUGUCAGUCUUUUUCUUAUUAUUGCUUUAAUAAACAUUUCUUAUUAUACUUACAGCGGAAGCUAUUAAACAAACGUGCUACUGUGAGUAGGAUCUUAAAUAACAAAGGAUAAAUACAUACUAUACGAAUACGGAGUACUGUUUUCUCGCUUUAACGAGGAAAUAUUAAAAUUAAUAUAUUUAUAUGUGUUUUGAAAUAAGACGAAGUUAUUUUAAA